AUGAGGCGUCGAUCGUGCAGAGCUGUCCGGCUUGGCCGGGUUUGCCCUCGCCGUCCUUUCCUGACUGUGCCCACUGGGGACCUACAGAAGAGGCCCCCACCACCAGUCCACCAUAUUCCCCGGUCUCCCUGGGUUAAUUCCAUGGACGAGUGUCUGAACAUGGCUGACAGCAGCCCGUCUUUAGAAGAUGAUGAGGCUUUAGCGGAUUCCCAGGAGCACCCUGGGCGCGUGGCGGUUGUCCACACGAAGCAAUAUGCCGUGGAGAAGGCUUGGGACUUACUCAUGGGAGUCUUUUCCUCAAUGUUCUUGUGUGGCCAGCAUGACUCAGUGCCGACUCUGUCAGCUUCCAGGAUGCCCCGAAGCUCAACGAUUCUGAAGGUGGUCUCCACUAAGGGCAGAGCCACGCUCAGUUUUGUUCUGGCGCAGCCCUUCCUGAUUAUAUGGUCUUUCCUCACUGGCUACCUCUCGACUCAAUCUAGGAAGGAGAUACAGAUUAGUGCUCUCCAAGAGAGCAGCCAAAGCAAAAGCAAAAGCAUGCGAGCAAAGAAAAAGAAAGACCUCAUUACCUUGGGAAAAGGUGAAGGAUCUGCCAAGCAGGAGAAAGACUCCCCGGUCACCAAGAGGCCUUCUGGUCAGGGAAAGGACUCCGAUGGUGAUGUGAGUGCCCCAUCUGCAUUUGGACGUCUGAUUGUCAACAAUGUGCUCUCUUCUUUUAUACCCAGGCCGGGUCCUUUGGGUAGGGAUAUCUAUUUCAAGAACUUAGCAAAGAGCUGUCUUAAAAAAUCCCAGGUAGCCUUCAAGAGCUCAUACAAACGAAAUGCCAUUGCCAGCUCCUACAGUUCCACUCUAGCACAGUGGCCACCGGAGAGAAUUUAUGCACGUGAUACCCGAGCUGCUGUCCCUGGCACUACUUUAGGCACGGCUACAGGUGCUGCUGCACGGGCACAUGCUACCGGAGGUGCUGCCCCUGGUGCUGCUUUAUGCGCUGCUGCGGGUGCUACCCAAAGUGCUGCUCCUGGCGCCGUUUCAUGGGCUGCCACAGGCGAUGCUGCACAUGCUACCCGAGGUGCUGUCCCAGAUGCUGCUGCAGAUGCUACUAGAGCUGCUGCUGCAGGUGCUACCCAAGGUGCUGCUGCUCCUGGCGCCGUUUCAUGGGCUGCCACAGGCGAUGCUGCACGUGCAACUCGAGGCGCUGUCCCAGGUGCUGAUUCAGGUGCUGCCCCAGUUGCUGAUUCAGGUGCUGCUGCAGAUGCUGCCCCAGGUGCUGCUGCAGAUGCUGCUCCAGGUGGUGCUUCAGGUGCUGCUGCAGAUGCUGCUCCAGGUGGUGCUUCAGGUGCUGCCCCCGGCGCUGCUUCAGGGGCUGCUGCAGACGCUCUGCCGCUCCCCAGCCCAGCCUCAUCCCGGUCAAAGCGGGCUGCAAAGAAAGGCAGAGAGAAAGGUCGCUCAGCUUCAAGUGACCCUAUCCCAGGUGCUGCACUGCCACUCCCCAGCUCCACCUCAUCGCGGUCGAAGGGAGCUCCAAAGAAAGGCAGCGAGAAAGGCCCUGAAGCUCCAGGUAACUCGAAAAAAAAGGAAAAGAAAAAGAGGAAGGCCAAGAAAGCAGCUAUCACAGAUGAUCCUCAAGUCAAGCAAGAAGACCCAAGGAACGGCCUCCCUGCGCCUGAUAUCCCAAAGCCUGUGAGGCGCAAGAUCCCUCUGUUGCUGCCUCAUAGAAGAGACGCCCCACUGAUUUUGCCCCCACCUCUAGAACUAUGCUUUCGAAUCACGGCAGAAGACUUUGACUUAGAGAAGAAAACUGCUAUGCAGUGGAUCAACAGGGUCUUAAGGGAUGAUGGAGCCAAGGCCCGAUGUAAUUAAAUGACUCGAGGAUGGCUGCAUGCCACUGGAUACAUAAUACUGAUCUCCAAGCCUGAGUGACCAGUUUCUGUACUCUGUGUAGUAUAAUAUCACAUUUUAUGUAGAGCCAUUUUGAUACUUAAUAAGAUUGUUACCCAGAAUGCUUGCUGUAGUAUUUGAUUUAUACUCACGUGUGUGAUACAUGUUACCUCUUAAUAUGAUUAUGUGUCCCUUCUACUGGUCACAG